AUGAAGACGGUGGUGUGUCUUGUCGAAGGGAAAAUCUGUCGCAUUGACGUCGGGGAAAGUAAGACCGUGGCUGACAUCAUUAUAAUGCUCGCGCGCCAGAUAAACUAUCCACUUCCCGCGUACUGCAUAAAGGUAUACCUGAUGAAGCGAAACGGCAAGUGGCUCAAGACAGGGAGCCCUGAAGCCCAGCAGCUCAUGCGAUUGAGCAUUCCGUUUAGUGUCCGAGCCACGAUAAUACUCCACGGAGCUAUACGUCUCUCAUCUGUGAACGACCCUGCAUUUGGGUUCCUGGACACUGAAGAUGUUGGCGACGACGACAUCCACGUCUUGGUGCGGAAUGUGACGUUGAAAGUUGCUCACCGUCGUAUGCAUGAAUUUGGGUGGUAUGGAGUACCAUAUCAUGUCACGGCAUUGAGGUGGCUCCGUAAGCGGCUUUUGUCGACGAAUGUGGGUCCGUAA